AUGGGCAGCUCGAUCGCAGACUUUCUGCGGCUGCACGAGGACGCGGCGUCGCAACGCGUGGAGCUGCAGACCGCCGUGCUGUCGUACCGCCGCCCCGCCCGCUGGUGGAACGCGCUGCGACCGCCCGUGCAGGUGGAUCUAGUGUCCGUGGUGCACAUCGCCGAUCAAGAGUACUACGACGCGUUACAGGCGGAGCUAUCGACGUACGACCGCGUGCUCUACGAGAUGGUCGCCGACAAGCAGCGCGCUUCCGCUUCCGCCGCCGCCUCCGCCUCCGCCUCCGCGAGCCCCGCCGACGGCGACGCGGACGGCGAGGACGCGCAGCGGCGGGACAGCAGAUGGCGGCGGUUCGUGGGGCGCAAGGAGAGCGACCGCUGGAUGCCGCCCAAGCGCAACCCCAAGCGCAGGCGGAGGGGAGUGGUGGGGGCGAUACAGAGCGCCAUGGCGCGCAUGCUACGGCUGUCGUUCCAGCUGGACCACGUGGACUACCGCCAACCCAACUUCUACCAUGCUGACCUCGACCUCGCCACCUUCAUGCAACUCCAGGAGGAGCGGGGCGAGAGCAUGCUGUCAUUCGCGCGCGAGGUGGCUCUGCGCUCCACCAAGGCCAUCGUCCGCGCCACCGCUGCACGCCCCCUCGCGCCCAACCUCGGGCCGCUGCGCCGCACGCUGCUGUGGGCGGCGCGCUUUGUGCCGAUGCCGCUGGUGGGGCUGCUGGUGAUCCAGGGCGUGUGUGCGCCCGAGGGCCCCGGCAGCAGUGCUCUGGUGAAGGGCGCUGAGUUCCAGGCUUUGCUGAACCUUGACUUGUCGUCUGCGCUUAAAGUGGUGCUCGCGAGGCAGAUUACGCUUGACACAUUGGACGGGGCAGCAGGCGUGAUGGCAUCAUCAGUAAUAAUAGGCGAGCGCAACCGGGCGUGCAUGCAGGAGGUGCACGAGGCACUGAAGGCGGGCAGCAGGCGCAUCGCAGUGUUCUACGGCAGCGGGCACCUGCCUGACAUGCACCUGCGCCUCACCUCCGAGCUCGGCCUGGUCCCGUCCCACCUCUCCUGGCGCACCGCCUGGUCCAUCCCCACCCCUGCCUUCGCUCCUCUGCCCGCACCUCCUCCUCCUGCUGCCUCCUCUGCUGCGUCGCCCUCCAACGCGCAUUCUGUUACAGCAGCAGCAACAGCUGGUUCAUCCGCUGCAGUGGCCUCUCCACUCGGUCUCCCCUCGCUGCCCCGCCCUGCCGCACGUCGUCCCUCCGCCUCCUCCCCAUCCCUCGCAAACCCCACCAUGCCCAGCACUGCCAACCCAACACCAACAACACCACCACCCAGGUCACCCUCCCCUCUCUCCUCCUCCAUCCCCACCUUCCACACCCCACACCUCACACACCUCUCCGAGCAAGCACACGCGCUGCUAGACAAUCUCCUGGGCCAUCUAGCGGGAGCAACAGGGUGGCCCAUGACGAGGCAGCAGACGGCAGCGCUGCUGCUGCUAUCGGUGGUACUGGCACUGGACCUGUGUCUGUGGGAGGUGGUGCUCGCCUCGCUCUCUGACCUCGCUGUGCUGCUGCUGGAGGGCGUUGGGAAGUUCCUGGACCAGGGCUGGGGGCUGUGA